GGAGAGCAGUCCAGUGGCUGCAGGAGGGGGAACUACUGAGGACUCCCGGAGAAGCGGCAGUAACCCACAGGAAAAGGAUUGUAGCAAAUGGUAGGAGAGCAGAAGCAUGAUCCCCUGAGAAAUUCCAUUGCCCAGGGAAGAAAUGGUCACAGGAGGUAACACCACGUUCCAAGAGUUCAUUCUCUUGGGACUAACAGAAAGUGCAGGCAUGCAGGCUGUCCUCUUUGUGGUGUUUCUUCUGAUAUACCUUACCACCAUGGUGGGGAACCUUGGAAUCAUGGCCUUGGUCAGAGUCAGUCCUCAGCUGCAUACACCCAUGUACUACUUCCUCAGCCACUUCUCAUUUGUUGAUGCUUGUUACUCCACAACCAUCACUCCCAACAUGUUGGUGGCUUUGCUCUCAGACAGCAAAGCCAUUUCCUUUGCUGGAUGUAUAGUACAGUGCUACAUUUUUGUUGGUUUUGUGCUUGUUGAGUGUUACCUUCUGGCUGUCAUGGCCUAUGACUGUUACGUAGCUAUCUGUAACCCACUUCUUUAUGUGAUAAUCAUGUCUAACAGAAUCUGUAUUCAGAUGGUAAUAGCUUGCUAUCUCAUUGGCUUUCUUGGUGCACUGAUAUACACGGGUUGUUUUCUUGGAGGUUCCCUCUGUGGGUCCAACAUAAUCAAUCAUUUUUACUGUGAUAUUAACCCACUGCUGAAGCUCUCCUGUUCUUGUAGUGAUAACAAUAAGAUGGUGGUCCUUGCCUUUAUUAGUGUAAAUGGGACAGGCACUGUAUCAGUUAUUUUGAUCUCCUACAUUUACAUCCUGGCCACCAUCCUGAGGAUGAGCUCUGCACGGAACAGGUCCAAAGCCUUUAAUACAUGUGGAUCCCAUUUGACUGUUGUUUCCUUGUUCUAUGGGGCCGGUUUCUUUGUGUACCUGCAACCAAGUUCCAGUCAUAAUGGACAAGACAACGUGGCUUCUGCUUUUUACACUGUGGUUACCCCCAUGCUGAACCCGCUGAUCUACAGCCUGAGAUACAAGGAGGUGAAGGGUGCUUUGGACAAAUUGUGGAAAAUGUUUCCUUUGUCUUCAUUGAAGAAACUUGGACAAACCACUCAAAUGACUUGGCUGCUCUGUGCUGUCUAGCAAUCAGGAUUCACUGCACUAUACAAUCUUGGCUUUAACCAGUGCAUGUAAGUUUUUCCACAGUCUUAACAGAAACACAUUAAGAAACUAUGAUUAUAGUUGGCAACAUUAAUAAUCUGAUAUGCAACCAAUACAGUUUCCCUAAAGACUUAUGU